CACACAACACAACUAAAGACGAAACGACUCCAGUAUUGAAGCUCGCCUUUCAACCAAUUCCACGUGAUCUUCUGCCAGUUAAUCCAGUCUCUGUCUCCCAACAACACUCUACUCAGAUACUCUCUGACUCCCAUUACUCCUUCCUUCAUCCCCAUUCCUUCCUUCCAUUGUUCAUCAAUCACCAUUAAUGGAGUACUACUACUAAAUACUACUCUUCUUACAAUGGCUAUCUCUACAACAAUCCCAUUCCUUUUAACACUUUUCUUCAUUCCUUUCUUUCUCUCCUUUCAUGGAGUCAAAUCUUUAACCUCCCACCAUAACCAUAACCAUCUACCUAAUGAUGCUGAAUCUCUUUUAGCUUUUAAACUAAAAGCUGAUUUACACAAUAAUCUCUUGUUUAAUUCAACUUCUCAUUGUAAAUGGGUUGGUAUUCAAUGUUUUCAACACAGAGUUAUUCGCCUUGUGAUUGAGUCCCAUAAUCUUGGAGGCAUUUUCACUCCUAACUCGUUAACUCGUUUGGACCAACUCCGAGUUCUGAGUCUACGUAAUAACUCACUUACUGGGCCCAUCCCAAAUCUCUCUUCUCUUUUCAAUCUUAAAGCUAUUUUCCUUCAUCACAAUCAUUUUUCUGGGUUUUUCCCACCUUCAAUUAUAACUCUUCAUCGUAUUAGAACUAUUGAUUUUUCUUACAAUAAUCUUACAGGUGAGUUACCAACUGGGUUAACUCGAUUAGACCGGUUGUACUAUCUUCGUCUUGAGUUUAACCGAUUCACGGGAACGAUUCCACCUCUUAAUCAAUCCACUCUUUUAGUGUUUAAUGUUUCAAGUAACAAUCUUAACGGUCCAAUUCCUGUAACACCAAUUUUAUCUCAGUUUAACCCAUCAAUUUAUUCUAGAAACCCAAAUUUAUGUGGUGAGAUUCUACACAAAGAAUGUAACAAAACCCGGUUUUUUGACCCUAAUGCGGUUGCCCCUGCGUCCGCACCCGACCCGCAACAACCGCAUUUGGUUGAUGCAGGUGGGUUCGGGACACAAACAGCGCAACUCCAUGGAGUUGCGCUGAAUCAACCGACUCGAAAGAGUCAUUCAAGUAAUGUUAUUAUAUUGGGUUUCACAAUAGGGUUGAUUGUUCUUAUUGUAUCAGUUACAUGCUUUGCAUUAGCUGUAAGAAAACAGAGAAGAGAUGGUCAUCUUAUGGAAGGAACAAUGGCGUCUGAUUAUUCAGCUACGCUUGAUGCUGCUGCUGCUGUGAUGAGAACAGAGGAGGAGAGGGAAGAGAAAGUUAAGAGUGCCCAACAAGAAGGAAUCAUGAAGGUAGCCGCAGGAAAAAGUGGGAGUUUAGUAUUUUGUGCAGGAGAAACGGAGCUGUAUUCAUUAGAGCAGCUAAUGAGGGCUUCAGCAGAGUUGUUUGGAAGAGGCACGAUUGGCACGACGUAUAAGGCCGUGCUAGAGAAUGGUCUGAUCGUGUGUGUGAAAAGGCUGGAUAAUAGUAAGAUCGGUGGAGCAGGGAAAGAGGUGUUUCAACGUCAUAUGGAAUCAGUUGGUGCACUUAGACAUCCUAAUUUGGUUCCUUUAAGGUGUUAUUUUCAAGCCAAUGAAGAGAGGUUAUUAGUGUAUGAUUAUCAGCCUAAUGGGAGUUUGUAUUCUCUCAUACACGGAACUAAAUCAGCUAGGGCGAAGCCUCUACACUGGACAUCAUGCUUGAAAAUCGCGGAGGACGUAGCACAAGGCCUUUCUUAUAUUCAUCAAGCUUGGAGAUUAGUCCAUGGCAAUCUCAAGUCCUCGAAUGUCCUUCUAGGAUCCGACUUUGAGGCCUGUAUUACAGACUAUUGCUUAAGCGUCUUGACGGAUUCCUCAUUAGCCGAAGAUGACCCUAGCUUGUGGGCAUAUAAAGCGCCAGAAAUUCGUAAAGCAGAUAGUGAAGCAACAUCAAAAUCAGACGUUUAUGCGUUUGGAGUACUACUACUUGAGCUCUUGACAGGAAAACCGCCUUCUCAGCAUCCGUAUUUGACACCAAACGACAUAGUACACUGGGUAAGAUCGGCAAGAGAUGUUACAGAUGGUGGUAGCGAUGAGAACAGGCUUGUGAUGCUUCUCGAGGUGGCCAUAGCUUGUAGUGUGGCGUCCCCUGAGCAGAGGCCGAACAUGUGGCAAGUUUUGAAAAUGUUGCAGGAAAUAAAGGAGGCUGCUUUGAUGGAAGAAGACGUUGAAUUACAUCCGGGUGAGAGAAUGUCUUAGUCCUUGGAAACUAGGCUAAUCGUUGUUGCGUUAGAUAUACGUCUAUUAAUCAGUUUUCUAGUACUCAGAUUACGAAAUACCAAUUGAAUGUAUUGUAAAUAAGAUAGUUUUGGGGUAUUUAGACGGUGCUCGCUCUUACUGGAGCACUCUCCUAAGAUCGAAAACUAGCUAGAGAUGGAGACUGGACAACGGGUGUGCUCCCUUUGGUGGGGAGUAGUGCUUGCUUUCAUGCUCCGGUGGCUUCUCGGUUCCUGAACGUUUUUCAUUUAUUGCCCAUUUAUCUCAUUCGAUCGUUGAGUAACGUUCCAUUUCAGAUUAGCAUGAGCUCAUGAGUGAUAUGCAUAUAAUUUCUGGUUUUAUUGCUCAUUAUAUUUGAGAUUCAUGAUUUCAUGAAUAACAAAAUCACGAACAGACCUAUUAGAGAAGCUCUAAAAAGACUUUUCUUGCUCAUCAAACACUUGCAAUUUCUUCCUGAUUUUUCUUUAUAUAUCUCAUCGCUUAUACAAGAGUUGGGUUGUAUAUUAACCUUUGGGUUUUUCAAAGCAAGAUUCCUUCUUGAUGCAGUUGGGGGAACCUUUAGAUUUCAAGGGCCUAGGGAAAAAAAAAAUUAUGGGCCC